ACAACAACAGUGAGUAAUUGGGGUAAAAUCUUUAAGAGAAGCAGCAGGCAGUUGAUGGAGAGAAGGCGAAACUGUUGAAUAUGCUAAGCUGAAGAGUAGCUGGAACAGCAUCAAGCCACCAGACUAGGUAAACAGCCUUGUGUAGCAGAAUGAUGUUUUCAGUCUCUCACAAGACGGUGUUUGUGGUCGACCACUGUCCCUACAUGGCCGAAUCCAGCAGGCAGCAGAUUGAAUGCGACAUGUUGACCAAGAGCCGGGCUCAGGGCAUGAUUCCACUGGCACCUGUUUCUAAAUCUCUCUGGACAUGCGCUGUGGAGUGCUCUAUGGAGUAUUGCCGUAUUCUCUAUGAUAUUUACCCUACGAGGAAACUGAUAAACUACAUUGUUAGCGACUCAGAAUUUCACAUCUUAAACACGUGGAGACAGGAUGACCAGAGUGUUCAAGAGCUUAUGGCUGCAUUGGCAAUUGUAGGACCUCCCAACCCACGGGAGGAUCCAGAAUGCUGCAGCAUUUUGCAUGGACUAGUGGGAGCAGUGGAGUCACUUUGCAAGAUCACACCGUACCAGCAUGAGGCACGAACAACUCUUGUAGACAUGGCACACAGAGUAGCAAACAGGGGGCGCAUCAUCUGCCUUACGGAUGCGAAGAGUGAUACACAUGUGCGGAUGCUGGAGGAUUAUGUGCUGGAAACUAUUCAAGAGCAAAACAAACUUGCUGCGGGAUCUGACAGACUUAUGCCAAUCCAGCAGUGCGAGCUUGUGUUGGUCCAUAUAUACCCACAAGGUGAUGACACCCUCGUAUCAGACCGACAAAAAAAAGAAAUCUCAUCUGUGCUGAGCAGUGAGGUGCACAGUGUGCGUGCUGGGCGCCACUUGUCCUCCAAACUGAAUUUGCUGGUGCAGCAACACUUUGACUUGGCCUCCACCACCAUUACAAACAUCCCUAUGAAGGAGGAACAACAUGCAAACACCUCAGCUAACUACGAUGUAGAGCUUCUACACCAUCGUGAUGCUCACAUUGAGUUCAAGAGUGGUGAUCUACAUGCAGCUGGCAGCAGCAGCAAGGAUGGUUGUCCAAGAGAAACUGUCACACUAAAGUGGUGUACUCCACGCACCAACAGUGUUGAGCUGCAUUACUGCACAGGAGCAUUUCGAAUAUCUCCUGUUGAUGUCAACAGUAGACCAUCCUCCUGCCUCACUAACUUUCUUUUGAAUGGUCGCUCUGUGCUUCUGGAACAGCCACGCAAGGCUGGAGCAAAAGUUAUCAGUCACAUGCUAAGUUGCCAUGGUGGAGAGAUUUUCCUGCACAUGCUCAGCAGUACUCGGUCAACUCUGGAGGAUCCCCCUUCCAUCAGUGAAGGUUGUGGAGGUCGUGUUACUGAUUAUCGUAUCACAGACUUUGGGGAAUUCAUGAGAGAGAAUCGUCUGACUACAUUUGUAGACGUGCCAGUUGAUGCAGCUGGAAGAGCACCAUUAGAGAGAGCCAAAGCACAGUUGGAGCAUCACACCCGUUACUGGCCAAUGAUUAUUUCACAAACUACAAUUUUUAACAUGCAGGCAGUGGUGCCUUUAGCAAACCUGAUAGUAAAGGACACUUUGACAGAAGAUGAUGUUCUAACAUGUCAGAAGACUGUAUACAACUUGGUGGAUAUGGAGAGAAAGAAUGACCCCUUACCCAUCUCUGCUGUGGGUUCUAGAGGCAAAGGGCCCAGACGGGAUGAGCAGUAUCGUAUAAUGUGGAAUGAGCUAGAGACUUUGGUAAAGGCACAUGUUGGAACCAGUGAGAGACACCAGCAAGUUCUUGAAUGUAUUACUGCCUGCCGCAGCAAGCCCCCCGAGGAGGAAGAACGGAAAAAACGAGGACGGAAAAGAGAGGACAAAGAGGAUAAAACAGACAAGAAUGGAAAAGAACUUGAGGACAAAGGAUGGGCUCAAGACACCGAAAGACUGAAUGGCUCAACAGACCGAGAUAAAGAGGAUCACAGUGAAUGUGAGGUUAUUAAAGAUUCUCCAGAUUCUCCAGAACCAUUUAUUAAGAAACCCAAGAUUGGUCCAGAGGAACUACAGCUGCUAGAGAAAUUAAAAGGUCCUGUCUCUUUACUUAAUCUUUGGACCAGCAGAAUUACUCAAGCAAAUUCCAGAAAGCACCAAGAGUUUGCUGGACGGCUCAGCUCUGUCAGUAACAAGGCAGAUUUGUACCAGCACUUGAAAGAUGAAAAUGGGAAGGACUUACAUGAGAAUGGAAAAGCUAACAGAUGAUGUCCCAUGCCUUCUACAAGAUCUCUGGCUCAGAAAAUAACAUGUCACUUUUUAAGUAAAUAUUUGUACAAAGAUUGUUUAAAGAAACUAAGAACAUUAGCUAGCGUAAACUGAGGUGGUAGCCAAUGUUUGAGACUGACAUAUUAUGUCACCUUUCUAAAUGUUCUAAUGGACAGAGUGAACGGACCAUCCUGAUUGUUACCAAUGCAAAGUUUAAAAACUAGCAUCUGUCAUGGUACGGGGUUGUGCUAGUGGAACCCCAUAGUAAUGGCAUGGGUGACUUGUGAUCUCUGAAGGCAUCAUAUAAAUGCUGAGGGGAUCAAACACAUUUUGGAGCAAUGUAAUACCACCAUCUAGAUGAUGUCACUGCUUUCAGCAAGAUAAUAGCAAGCCACCUUGUGCACAUAUUUGAAAAGCAUAUAUUUUUUAGCAAAGAUAAUGUUGCUAGACUGACUUGCCUGCAGUGAAGACCUCUCUUCCAAUAAAAUUAUGGAGCACAAUAUACAAUAAACUAGCAGCUGUGUUGUUGUCCAAAGCAAGAAUAAGGGAAACUUUUGUUACUACAAUUUGCGUCUUUUGUCAUCAUAUGAAAACAGAAUGUUGCUUAAAGAAAAGGUGAUCUAACAGUGAUAAACAUUCACCUGUCUCAUCAUAUAUAACAAUAAAGUUGAUUAGUUAAAAUAUUAAA